AUGGGUAUGCAGAGUAAUUUAUUAGCUACCCAGAGUGGUCCCAUAGAGAGUAAAGAAACAAUAAAUAAAUUGAGACCGGCAGUUCAUGAUGCUAUCUACGCUUUGCUUCGAUUAGACCGAGGGUUCCAACAAAUAGUUCAAGAUGGGCAUGUAAAUGAGCAGUUUUUGACCAAGGCGUUCAAGGAAUUGGGGUUGAAUAUACCGUUGCUGGGUAGACCUCCAGUACCUCCUCGGACUUCUAUUAAGAGUGCUGAUGGGCGUGUACGAGACUUACCCCGAGGUCCAAGAAGAAGCAGUACGGAAAGUACUCCUGUGAAGAAAACUGAGACUCCAAUUAAGGAACUACCAGUGGCAAACAUUAAUGAAACCAUGUCACCACCUUCAACUAUAAACUUGGAAAAUGCGAUGCCGUCAAAAAUUCCUAACGAUGUAGCAGCAGCGAAGGAUAAUACUAUUCAACCUUCUAGCCCUUUAAAAAGAGAUAUCAAUACUACUUUGUCUGUUCCCCAUAGGAUCAAGAGAGAAUCUGAAAUGGAAAUUGAGCAAUUUGAACCGGAAAGGAAAAUGGUUAAUGAUGAAGAGGUGAAUAAACAAUUCUCAAAAUUCAUUGAAAAUAUGAAUGAAGACAUUCAAGAAUUCACAGAAUCAUUGGCUGAUACUGGUGUACCGCACGAGCAAAUUAUAGAAUUGAAACGUGUUGUCGUCAACGGAAUGAACGACAUGGUCAAGAAACUGGCGAUUUUGAAGGAUAUACUUGAAAGGGAAGACGAAGUGAAAAGAAAGAAACGGAAGAUAUCAUCAGAUACCGCCAGUGAGAAGCCGACGGAACAUCCUUGA